AUGUUGACCCGGCCACUCACCGCACUCGCCUAUCAUGAUCUGGGCCCCCCCCUAAUAGCCACCGCCCGAUACCAUUCCACCUCCGCACUUCACCUCCGCCUGCGCCGCAUUGACGGGGUGAGACGCGACUUCAGUUCCAACUUUGGCCAUGAAGGUGGGGCUGCCGCGCCGCCGCGCGGGAGGAAGAGGAUCGGCUGGCACGUCUCCGUCUUUGCCAGGGGCAAGAAGACCAAAUCGACGGUGAAGCUCGACGAUCUACCCCAAGGGGCUCUGUCGCUGGACCCCCGUCCCGUGCAAGAUGAGGAGGGCCCGGCCUAUCCAACCGUCGUGUUGCAAGCGCGCCGCAACAUGCAAAAGUUCGACAACUGCGUGCUCCUGACGCGUGUUGGUGGCUUCUACGAGCUGUAUUUUGAGCACGCCGAGGAGUACGGCCCCCUACUGAACCUUAAGGUCGCCCAGAAAAAGACGAAUGCCGGUCCGGUCUCCAUGGCCGGUUUUCCUUUCUUCCAGCUGGAUCGAAUCCUCAAGAUACUGGUCCAGGACCUGAACCGCUAUGUUGCCGUUGCUGAGGAGUUCCCCAACAAUGCGCCAGAGAAGGUCAAGUCUGGUGGGCUGAUGCACGACCGCAGAGUUGCUCGUAUCAUCACGCCAGGAACUCUGAUUGACGAGAACUUCAUGGACCCCUAUGCCAAUAACUACGUCUUGGCAGUCCAUGCGAUGACGGCACAGUCCGAGGAAAGAGAGGGGUUGAGCGGGGUGGCAGCAGGAGGAGGAGCUCGAGACCCGUUGACCCAUCUGGCCGCUGAUAACCGGAACGUGACGCCGACAACAGGUGUUCUAGCCGAACCACCACUGCCUCUGGGCCUCGCGUGGCUGGACCUGUCCACCGGCCAGUUCUACACCCAGGCCACCGAUCUCUCGGCGCUGUCAUCGAUUCUCUCAAGGAUAUGCCCCAGGGAGAUCGUGCUCGACAGCGAGAUGCGAGCCCAGGCGGACCACGGCCUGUUUUCCAUCCUUGCCGAGGACCGCCAUCUAGUCACGUACAGUUCAUUCGGUGACAUCAGGCAGCUCUCUGACUGGGCCCCCAUGCUCGAGAGCGACGUCCCUCAGACGACGCGCGGUGCCUUCACCGACGGUGAGGUGUUGGCCGGUAGCCUGCUGCUGCACUACGUCAAGGAGCGGCUGCUGGGGUUGAGCAUGAAGCUGCAGCCGCCGAUGCGGCACGAGAACACGCAGACAAUGAGCAUAGACAAGAGCAGCAUGCGCUCGCUAGAGAUCAAGCAGACGAUCCGCGAUGGGAACUUCAGGGGUAGCCUUCUGCAUGCGAUCCGACGGACCGUCACUAGGAGCGGCGCCAGACUCCUUAACGACUGGCUCAGCGCCCCAUCGACAUCGCUCGACGUGAUCAAGCUCAGGCAGGACCUCGGCGCCCGCUUCGUCGAGGAUCCCGACCUUCGCGACGGCGUCGUCUUGCUACUUCGCCGCAGCCAUGAUUCCCAGCGCCUUGUCCAAAAGUUUGCCAUGGGAAGAGGGGACCCGGACGACCUGGUGGCCCUGGCCAGCACCGUCCACGCCACCGACAGCAUCCGCCGGUUGUUGGCAGAAGCCGCCGAUGAAUCCAGCUGCCUUACGCACAUGACGGCGCGGCUAGACCUCAAGGGCCCCCUGAGGCUUGCGCGUCGCAUCAAGGAGGCCAUCGACGAGGAGGGCAUCGUCCACCAGCACGAGAUGGAAGAGAGCGAGGCGGGGCAGAUGAUGGCCCUAGCCCAGGAGAUCGUCAGCACUCAGGGCACACAAGACGACGCCGCCGUGCUCCCCAAGGGCGCCGCGAAGAAGAGGCGUCCCACGUCGGUCCGGGAGGCGUACGCCGACGACAACGAGACCUGGAUCAUGAAGCCCAGUGCCAGCCCGGUCCUCCGGCAGCUCCACGCCGACCUCGCCGCCCUGCACGCCGAGAAAGAGACUCUCGCGCAGACCCUCCGCGACAAGCACGGCGCGACCUCACUUACCCUGCGCUGGAGCCCGGCCCUCGGCCACUUCUGCCACAUCAGGGGCAAAGACGCGCGCUCCAUCUCGUCCAGCAUCAGGGCCCUGAGUUCCAGCAAGUCGACGAGUUCCUUCCACGACCAGCAGUGGACGCGCCUCGGCCAGCAGCUCGAGCACGCCCGCCACAGCGUCCGCACCGAGGAGCAGCGGGUCUUCCAUGCCCUCCGCGCCGCCGUCGUGCUGAACCUCGUCAAGCUUCGCCGCAACGCCGCCGUCCUCGACGAGCUCGACGUCACCACCUCCUUCGCCACGCUCGCCGUCGAGCAAGGGCUCACCCGGCCCCUCCUCAACAACUCAACCGCGCACACCAUCAUUGGGGGCCGGCACCCGACGGUCGAGGGCGGCCUCCACGAGCAAGGGCGCAACUUCGUCCGCAACGACUGCCUUGUUGGCGGCAGCGGGAGCCCCGCCGGAAGGCUGUGGCUAAUCACGGGGCCCAACAUGGCGGGCAAGAGCACUUUCUUGCGUCAGAACGCCCUCAUCACGAUUCUCGCGCAGGUCGGCUGCUACGUGCCCGCCGACUACGCCGAGCUAGGCAUCGUCGACGCCAUCUUCAGCCGGGUCGGGUCCGCCGACAACCUGUACCGCGACCAGAGCACGUUCAUGGUGGAGAUGAUGGAGACAGCGCAGAUCCUGCGCGGCGCAACGCCGCGGUCAUUUGUCAUCAUGGACGAGAUUGGCCGGGGCACGACGCCCGAGGACGGCACGGCCGUCGCGUACGCCUGUCUGCACCACCUCGUAACCGUCAACCAGUGCCGGACACUAUUUGCGACGCAUUUUCACCGGGUGGCGGACCUGGCCAUCGCCGAUGGGUUGGCCGAUGACUGCAGUGGAGGUGUGGACAUGUACUGUACGGACGUGGAUGAGGACGAUGAUGGUGGUUUCGUCUAUGUUCACAGACUGCGUAAGGGGGUGAAUCGACAGAGCCAUGCACUCAAGGUCGCGAAGUUGGCGAAUCUGCCAGGACCAGCAAUACGUGUUGCACAAAAAGUCCUUGGUGUUCAAUUGUAG